CGUUGCAGAAAGUUUUUUUUUCCCCUCCUGCCGUCCCUGCGUUAUUGCUGCUUAAAGGUGGGUGAAUGAACUGGCAGUGCUCACAAACACCGCUGACAGUGAAGCUACACACACGUUCACGUUAAGUAUCCCACAGCAUAGGAAUCAAAAUGAAAAGGGACGAUUUUGAAUGGGUCUACACGGAUCAGCCUCACACGCAAAGGAGAAAAGAAAUGUUGGCUAAGUAUCCAGAGAUCAAGUCACUGAUGGGACCAGAUCCUAAUUUAAAAUGGAUUGUGUUUGGAAUGGUCCUUACACAGACCAUUGCAUGCUUCUUUGUAAAAGAUUUGUCUUGGAAAUGGAUAAUAUUCUGGGCUUAUGUCUUUGGAGGAGCCGUCAACCACUCGUUGACUCUAGCCAUUCAUGAUAUCUCUCAUAACGUUGCAUUUGGCAAUAAACUGGCAAAAUGGAACCGACUAUUUGCAAUGUUUGCUAAUCUACCAAUUGGGAUGCCAUAUUCUGCAUCAUUCAAGAAAUACCACAUCGAUCACCAUCGAUACCUGGGAGGCGAUGGCUUAGAUGUAGACAUCCCAACGGAUAUGGAAGGAUGGUUCUUCUGCACACCAUUUCGCAAAACAAUUUGGCUGAUUCUCCAACCACUUUUUUAUGCACUUAGGCCCCUUUAUGUUAACCCUAAACCCAUUACAAGAUUAGAGGUGUUGAAUGCUGUGGUGCAGUUUGCAUACGAUUUUCUCAUCUACUACCUGUGGGGCCUGAAACCAAUAGUGUACUUGGUGGCAGGCUCACUUCUCUGUAUGGGUAUUCAUCCAAUUUCUGGACAUUUCAUUGCUGAGCAUUACAUGUUUCUGAAGGGGCAUGAAACCUACUCAUAUUAUGGACCUCUUAACUGGAUAACCUUCAAUGUUGGAUACCAUGUUGAACACCAUGAUUUCCCCAGUAUUCCCGGCAGCAAACUACCUUUGGUAAAGCAGAUUGCUCCUGAGUACUAUGACAACCUGCCCCAACACACUUCCUGGGUGCGUGUGCUUUGGGACUUCGUUUUUGAUGACAGCAUUGGUCCUUACUCUAGGAUUAAGAGGGAAUGCAAGCUGGUGAAGGAUGACUGAGAGAUAAAAGAAAUCUUGUGGUUCCUGGAAAUCAUUAACAAAAUCCCUGAAAAGCUUGGAAAAAAAAGUACCAGGUUUGUUACCAACUGUAACGACAAAAGAGAAAUCAACCAUUAGAUUCAAAGUGUUUACCAGCAGACCCUUUGUGCAUUUCCUCCUUUUCUGUUUGUAAGCAAGACAACUGAUCUGUGCCCCCAAUCCUACAAAAAAAGUCAACAUUAAAUAAGAUCAAUAACAGAAUUAAGUAUGUAAUUUUUAACAUUGUUUUAAAUUACAUCUGAAUACUUUAUGAUAUAUUUUAACAUGAUGGUUCAUUGUAUUUUGGAUUAAUAUUAAAUAUGUAUCUAAAUUGAGUGUCAAUGUGAAUGGAUUCUGAAAUGAAUCAGAAUGAGAUUCCCUCCAUGAGGUCUCACUAUGGUUAAGAUCAGCCCCAACUCUGGGAUCAGGCAGGAUUUAAACUGCAGCAUUGUUUUGAAGUGAAACUACUUGAUAGCAUCAACCCAGCUGUCGUAUGAACAUACCACUAUAUUGUAUGUAGCUUGAGGAAGAUAACAAUUGUUACUAGGAAGCCAGUUUCAAAAGUUUUCCAUUCAUGCACAAACACAAACAGAUGCUAAUGUUGCUAGAAUAAAGCUGCCAAUGUCAAAAAAUCUUUUAUUGCUGUGAUAUUUAAAGCUUUUUUUCCACCUCACUUGAAAUGCUUAAAUCUGAUAGAACACACAAUACGCUCAGUUCAACUUGUUACACAAAAAAAAAAGCAUGAAGGUGAGUAAAAUCCAUUUGUCUCAAGGUCCCAGUAACUCGAGCAGUAAACUAAGCUCCUGGUCCGUGAGAGUUAACCUCAAGGUUCGGUGUCGAUCUUUGGAAAUUGUGCUUACCAAUAGUUCUGCGGCCCCUGCUGAAAAAUUUAUUUCAUUGUAGUUAAAAUCACUUGCGUGUACAAUGUAUUGAGAACAUAUAGCCAUAGGUAGUUACCUCGUGAGAUAAAAUCCACUUCCAGUGACCUCUCUGUCGCCUGAUUAAUUUAUCAUACUUCCCCUUUGUUUUUGAAUUAAGUUAAAUCUCCCCCGCUAAUGAGUAUCCCAACUUUACAGCUGUUACGUAUGCUGUGACCAAUUGGAAAAAUUCUAAAUGUCAUUAGUUUCCGAUGGUCGCAUACAUCAGCACCCGCCGACUGGAAUGAAUUAUCCAGUAACCACUCCCAUGCAAAACAGAUGUUCAUGCCUCUGCUCCAUUGUAGAUUUCCUAAUGAGCUAGUGAGUGAGUGUGGAGAUUGUGAUGCAGCUGUUCUUCAAAGGACCCAUAGAACAGAAGAGAAACCUGAUAGAUAAUUGCAAUAACAUUGUGUUGGAAGACAUAGCAUAAAGUACAUAAUCAGAAUCACCUAAUGCCCCAGGCCUUUUGCUGCUAUGAACCAAAUCAGAACUGUCCUGACCCAACUGUGUUUGCACAGACUGAUAAAAUCAGUUUUCAAUGAAGCAACUACACUCAAUUUUUUCACUACUAAUGGAAGUAUGGAUGUAUUUAAAUAAUGAUAUUUUCUUUGUAGAGUGUUUGAAUAUGCCUACAUAUACAUAUAUAUGAAGCAUCAGCUUAAAAAGAAAAGCAGACCAAUUUGUGUACAUAGUAUUAUCUCAUUUCAUUUGUUGUUCAGACAUUUAGUUUAGCAACUGAAGCAUCGAUGGAUAUAAUCCAAAUGACACUGCUUCAACCAUUAGCCUGUUUUGGGCACAUUCUUUGUUUCUUUCCAGUUCUGACUACAUUAAACAAUGAUCGCACUUCAACAUACUUUGUUGCCACUUUGAGAUAUUCUGAUGUUGUGAAAUGUACUAUAUAAAUUUAACUAUUUCUUUUCCUUGAUUGCACUACUUUGAUUCUUACUUCAUGGAGUCUGAAUGUUGCCUAUUGCUUUAAAUAAAGAGCA